AGGAACGUUUGUCAAACUAUAGUGUGAGGAAAAGGGGGGAGGAAGGCCUUGUACGGUUCUACCUGCCUGAGUAUAGCACAGGAAUGGAAGGUGUUAGAGAAAGUAGGUAUAACUUAAAAAGUAAUUCGUCAGUUUUCAAAGAUGAAUUCUAAUUUGAAUGACCAAAAUUUCAUACUAACUCGUAAAGAUGAGAGAGAGGUCUACCAGUGACUUGUAAACUUGAUAAAGGAAUAAAACGGUGUUGGCUCGAGGUUCACGGCCGUUCUGGUGAUAAUACACGGUAAGAAGUGGAAUUAAGCCUGACCUAUGAUUCAGGUAAAACGAAGCUUUCAGAGCAGGUUAUUAGAAAAAUAUUUUCCUUCAUUUUAUAACGAUGUGCGUGUUAUUCACAUUAUGUACGGGUAAUAAUUGUGGUAAGUCUAGAGACAGAAACUUUUAUCAAAAUUUCCUAACUACAGCUAGUUAAGCCCAUCUCUACUGUUUUGUAGAUGAAAUGUACUUACGUGGACAAUUUUUUUUUUAUUGGAUUAUUUGAAAAACUGUGUAAUGCUAGUAGUUUUCCCGUGACAAGUCAGCGCGUGCAACUUCCAACUAAAGAAGACAGAUCGAUGAAAAAAAGAAGAGAAUAGGCAAGUUACUAAGUAAGAAACUUAAACCAUUCGAAGUUUUGCCCAAAUUUUAUAACUAGUAAUACGGAAAAGUGUGACUGUUUUACUGGCGGUAGUUGCUAUGUGAUUUAGUCAAACCCACCAGCGUUACGUGGUGCAUACUUACAAUAGAACAUUCAAUAUUUUGUUGAACGCCAGCCAUGGGAUCAACUGUAGGUAAAGGAGUGUCUUUGUUAGAAAACUUACCCCCUAAUCAGUCUUUACACGUUGUGAUGCUAGGUUUAGACUCUGCGGGUAAAACUACGGUAUUGUAUCGUUUGAAGUUUGACCAGUAUCUAAAUACUGUUCCAACGAUCGGAUUCAAUUGUGAGAAAAUAAAAGGAACAACGGGUAAAGCUAAAGGAACUAGUUUUUUAAUUUGGGAUGUCGGAGGCCAGGAUAAAUUACGGCCUUUGUGGCGGUCUUACACGAGGUGUACUGAUGGAAUUGUGUUUGUGUUAGACAGUGUGGAUGUUGAAAGACUAGAAGAAGCAAGGAUGGAGCUGUUUCGCACUGCAAGAAGUCCAGAAAAUUCCGGUGUACCUAUUUUAGUUUUAGCCAAUAAGCAAGACCUACCUGCAGCCAAAGACCCUAGUGACAUUGAAAGACUGUUGGGGUUAAAUGAUCUCGGGCCCAAUCAUUUGUGGCAUGUUCAGCCUGCGUGUGCAAUUAUUGGAGAAGGUCUGGAUGAAGGGUUAGAUGCUUUGUACGAAAUGAUUUUGAAACGUAGGAGACUCUUAAAACAAUCCAAGAAAAAAGCAAGAUAGGCUUGUAAUUCCUUAUUCUAGUGUUAAAAUUUAACUUCAUGGCAAGUACUUGAAGUGUUAUAAUGUUCUCUGACUUCGAAGCUUCAAUCUGUCAUCUGAAUCGUUGAAAGUUUGAUCCUAGAAGUGUUUAGAGUCUUAAACUACAGUUAUUGUUUCGAGUAUUUACUUCGCAAUACUUUAAUUUGGCUUUUAAGUCUAAUGCAAAGUAACAAGCCUAAUUUGUAUGGUAUACAGAGCCAAAAUAGGCCAACAAACUCCGUUUUUAGGUAGUUACCAAAGGUGAUGAAACAUCACAGUUGAGGGAACCAUUUUAUUUCUUUAAUGUUAAAAUAUGGAACGUUAAUUUAAAUAUACUGGUGAUAUUUUAACUAAACGCACGGCUACCUUCAGAUUUUACAACAGCAUUAAUUUUUUUCAUGAACGUUUCGACUUUCACUUCCGUGAAAAUGAUUCAAACGUACUUCAAUGAAAGUUAAUCUGUUCUAAAUUCUAAGUUUAGUCAUUUGUUGUUUUUUUUUACAGUUAUUUCUAGUCUUAAUAUUCCUUCAAUGUCAUUUUUGUAAGUGGGUAAUUUUAAGUAAAUAAAUAACAGAGUUAACGGUAUUUUUUCACUAUGUAAUAAGAUUUUUUAUGACGGCAUAUACAGUGCAGAAAGCAGAGAUAAAUAAGACUGUGUAACUGUAAGGUGAAAGGGACAUUUAAUUUAUACAUGUUUCAUGACACUAGUAUUGAUUGAAACUGUUAUAUAGACCAACACCCUAAAACAAGGCUACAGUUUGUUUGUUUUUUCUCCUUUUUUGUCAGGUCAUAAAUUUUGCAAGUUACCACUUGGAUCGGACAUAAUUAGAAUUUUAUCGAACACAAAAUAAAAUGUUACAAAAAAAUUUUGAAUUUAAAAGAUAAAGUAUGGCACUACGUCGCUAACCCUAUUAGUAUCGCAUGUGAAACUUAAGUAAAAAUAAUCAUUCUCACUAUAUAAUAUAUUUGUAACAGUUUUAACCCAAAUAUAUAUAUUUGAUCAUUUUGUAACGUCAUGUAGUGUAAUUCACAAAAACUUUCAUUUCUGCGCAGCUCCGACGAGUUUCUCCUUCUGAACAGCACAGUUAUCGAUUUGAAUUUUCUGUACAUUCCAGAUUAUAGCUUCUAAGGUUUAUAUUUUUUAAUGAGCUAAUCAUCCAAAAUAGAAAAUUUGUUUAGAAGAGUAAGGAAGAAACCAUAAAUCUGUGAAUUUUUUUUAUAGUUUCUUUAUACUUACUUUUCUUCGUAUACUUAAAAAUAUAUUUUACAAUUUUCCCGAUAAGACAGAUAAUUUGGUUGAACUUGGUAGGACAUACUCGAAAUUUCGUCAGACAUUUUCCAAUGUCCUAUAGUUAUUUUACAGCUUUGUUUGUUUUUAAUACUAAAAAUUAAUUUUUGUAGACCUGUAAGUCAUUUAUCACCUUUACAAUGAUAAGUUAAUACUCAUUUGACUAUAAAGUUACAUUUUAAAAACCUUCCGUUGUGCUAAUGUAAACCAAAAGGUUUCCAUAAUUUAUUGAUUACUUAGUGAAAGAAAGCCUGUUAAUUAUGUCCUAUUUAUUUAUUUCUAGUCUUAUGGUGAUGUUUCAUAACUUUGGUACCUUCAAAAUACGUCAUUAUAGUUAUAAAAGGAGAGAGUAACUAGUGUUAGAAACGUAUUAUUGUAAAUACAAGUGUUUUAGAGUUUUAUAUGCUUACUGAAUUAUUGCACUCGUUAUAUAAAAAAUGGAGCUACAAACUGGAGAUGUGAAUCGUUAUUUUGGUUCUCAAGUCUUGUUUACACUUGAAUUAAUUUCAAAGGUGUACAACUUGAACUUGACCGAAACGUUGAACAAACAAGGGAAAAAUCGAGUUUAUAGUGGCUUCGCUGUUGUAUUAAUAGCUUCAGUUCUUUACACAAACAGUUCUAUUUUACUGACACGUGGUUACCGCGUUUUUUGUUGUUGUUUAUUCGGCUAUUUUUCAGAGACUGGAAAAUUCAGCGGCCACUCAGAAAACAGGAGGUUGUCUGAUUAAUUGGAUGGGGGAGGGGGGGCUAACUGUGUUAUAAUCUAUACCUAUCUGUGUGUUGGCCUUACGACAAACCUGAAAAGAAACUAAUAUUGAAUGUACAUUAUAGUCAUGCUUCUUUAGGCUUCAAACCCGUUAUGGUCCUCCACCAACAGUAUCACGCUUUUGAAAUACGGUGAGCAUUUGGUAAAAACAUACCUCUUGGUUAACUCCAUGAUAGAUGUAUUCCGCCAAGCUUUUAAGCUUAUUCCAAAGCUGUUGACAAAUCAAAAGAUUAUGCUUCGUCCAGAGAGGAGUGGACAAAUAAAUUUGCAAUAAUUGAUAUAAUAUUGCCUUUAAUAAUAUCAUGCUGAUGUGUUAAAAAUCUGGUUGGUUUAUUGUUGUUAAAAUUGUGAAAGCAUAAGGUUUACACGACAUACAGCCCACGUGUUUAAAUCGUGCUCUUUGGUUGUGAACGUGUUAAAACUAAAAGAUAAAUUGACUUGUAAUGUACCGCAAAAAAAGGUUUUUAAGUUAUCUUAUGUGACUGAGGGGAGGGGGUCAGUAUCAUUCACACAAACGUUUAUUUUCCAUUAGUUAAAGGACUGCACAUUUUUAGACUGAGUAAUUUAUAAGUAGUUUAAUAUGUCGUAACAUCUCUAUAUGAAGAAGAAAAAAAAUCACGCAGAGAGUUGUUUAAAUUCUAACACCUUUUACAAGAGUUUUGAUAUUGUCCAGAGUUACUUUAGCAAUCUCUUAAUACGUAAUCUUUUUUUGUAAUUUGUUAUGAGUGGAAAGCUUAGAUUUGGUCAGAUAAUUGUUCUCUAUUCUAAUUUAUGUUAAUUCCUAAAUUAUUUGACUUGUCAUUGUAAAUUAUGUUGAUAACUAUUAAAGAUCUGAGUAUUAAA